AUGGACAGGAUAGACAAGUAUAAAAGGGUCGAAGAGGACCAGCAGACUGGGAAAGGAAAGGCGAAGUUUGUCCCUCAAGAGAGAAGGGACUUCAGGUCGGACCGCUUCAGUAGCAGUAAUAAGCCGAGAAGAGAUUAUACGGAACAGUCGGGAUCUACAGGGGCUCAGAUAGUCCACGCUGUGUUCCGAGAGCCAUUGCGCGAGAUCCUGGAGAAGAUAAAGCACGAACCCUUUUUUCAAUGGCUGAAUAGGAUGGCGGGCGACCCCUCAAAACGCAAUCAGAAUCUAUAUUGUGCGUAUCACCAAGAGCCUGGUCAAGUCACUGACGAAUGUAGGAACCUGAAAAACUAUUUGAAUCGACUUGUCCGAGAAGGAAAGUUAAGGCAUCUGUUGCAACGCCCUGAGCAGUCAAAUGUCGAUACCAGGCAAAGCGCCUUGAGGCCACCCAUCGGCACGAUAAAUGUCAUUCUUGCCGCACCUAGGAGAACAGGUUCCGGUCCGUUCAGAGUAAUGUCAGUGGGUAAGUUCCCGACAGAGCCAGGCGAAAAGGGAUCCAAGGGUGCUAGAAGGAGGGCCCUGCCAUUAAUUGGGUUCACGGAGGAGGACAAGGAGGGAACCAUUCAACCCCAUGACGAUACCCUAGUCGUGACGCUCAGAAUAGGAGUCCUCCGUAGCGCCGAUUACACGGGGAGAAUAGCCAAAUGGGGAACCAUCUUGAGCGCCUUUGACAUCAGAUACAUGCCACGUACCGCCAUAAAAGGUCAAGUCCUCGCAGAUCUGGUAGCUGAAUUUGCGGAGCCUACCUUGGAAGGGGUGGAAGUGUCGGGAUCACUGAGUGACGAUAGAAGAUUGGUCAGCACGAUUUCUCUGCAAGAACACGAUAAGUGGAGAGCAUACAUCGAUGGUGCAGCAAACCAAAAGGGCUCCGGAGUGGGGCUCGUUCUAAUCUCUCCCGAAGGUAUAAUCUUGGAAAAGUCGUUGAGACUGGGAUUCCCAGCAACGAAUAACGAAGCUGAGUAUGAGGCACUGUUGGAGGGGAUGUCCAUGAUCCGGAGGUUGGGUGGGAAAUGCGCGAGCAUAUUCUCGGAUUCGAGACUCAUAGUGGGGCAAGUAGGCAGGGAAUUGGAGGCGAAAGAUGAAAGAAUGCAACGGUAUCUUGCCCGAGCUAAACGCCUACGAGCCCACUUCGAUGACUUCCGUUUAACGCAUAUACCCAGAAGCGAGAAUACCCACGCCGAUUCUCUGGCAACACUGGCCACAUCCUCGGCUCAGCCCCUUCCGCGGGUUAUUUUGGUCGAGGACCUCUGCCGCCCCACGGAAGAGGAGGCUAACGGUAUUCGGGCACACAACGUCGGUGAGGGACCAAGCUGGAUGGACCCUCUUGUCCGAUUCUUGAAGUACGAUUCCUUACCAGACGACAAAGUCGAGGCCGACAAAAUCAGGAGGAGAGCUCCUCGAUUCUGGUUGUCCGAGGACUCCAAGCUUUACAGACGUUCAUUCUCAGGGCCAUACUUGCUGUGUGUGCACCCAGGGGCUACUGAACUUAUUCUGGAGGAGUUGCACGAGGGGAUUUGCGGAAGCCAUACGGGGGGCCGUAAAAAGGCAAAACCAAUAUCCAUUCAAGAUGAAAACACAAUAGAAUAA